GUGUGCGCGGCUUUCUGCUGCUGCAGUUCGAGGCUACAACUCCAGAAAAAAACCCUCCCUCAGAAAACUGUGGUUCCUCCUCCGGUCCUCUCCACCAUGAAGGGUCUGAUCUGUGGGAGGACUCCCCCCCGCGUCCAGUGAAGAAGACCAGGGAGAAGGACCUGCAGCAUCCUCUUCAUAUUAUAUUCAUUUAUAGGCUUCUUGUCUUUUAUUAUUAUUUAAAUCUCACACGGGACACCGACCGACUGCGGGCCGAUCCAAUGGAAAAUAAGGCUGCAAAUUCGGAGAAGUCUCAACUGAUAAACGAGAAGAGCGCGAGGAUGUAUUCUCUCAAACUGCAAAGCUCCUCCCCCGACCCCAAAGAGCAAUACCCAGAGUUCCCCUUUAAGAACGGGGGCGUGGCCGGCGCCGUGGAGCUGAGGAGGCCCGUCGGCGCCCACUGCCACGGGGCCAAGGCGCCGGCCCGUGACGAGGGCGCCGACCGGCAGCUGGCCAGGAAGAAACUCUACAUCGCCUCGGCCGUGUGCCUGGUCUUCAUGAUCGGAGAGGUCAUAGGAGGCUACCUGGCCCACAGCCUGGCCAUCAUGACCGACGCGGCUCACCUGCUGACUGAUUUUGGCAGCAUGAUGGUGAGCCUGUUCUCCCUGUGGAUCUCCUCCAGACCGCCCACCAAAACCAUGAACUUCGGUUGGCACCGAUCAGAGAUCCUCGGGGCGUUCGUCUCCGUCAUCUCCAUCUGGAUCGUCACGGGGGCUCUGGUGUAUUUGGCCAUCGAGAGGAUCGUACGCGGCGACUACGAGAUCAACGGCCACGUGAUGCUGAUCACCUCGUGCUGCGCCGUCGUCGUCAACAUAAUCAUGGCCUACAUCCUCCAUCACUCCACCACCUUCCACGCCCACGGCACCGGCUACCACCCGAUCGACGAGGGCGGCCAGAGUCCCGUCGGCCACGGCCACUCCCACGCGCUCCUCGGCGGCCACAGCAACACCAGCGUGCGCGCCGCCUUCAUCCACGUGGUCGGCGACCUGCUGCAGAGCGUCGGCGUCAUGGUGGCGGCCAUCAUCAUCUACUUUCGGCCCGAGUACAAAGUGGCAGAUCCCAUCUGCACCUUCCUGUUCUCCGUCUUUGUCCUCUGCACCACCGUCACCAUCCUCAGAGACGUCUUCAGGAUACUCAUGGAAGGCUCCCCUAAAGGAGUGGAGUUCAACUCGGUGAAGGAGGUGCUGCUCUCCGUGAAGGCCGUGAAGUCCAUGCACUCUCUGCACCUGUGGGCUCUGACUCUGGGCCAGGCGCUGGUGUCCGUGCACGUGGCCAUAGAGGACGGCGCCGAUGCUCAGUCGGUGCUGCACGAGGCCACCGACCUGCUGCACACCAAGUUCGGCUUCCACAGCAUCACCAUCCAGGUGGAGCUCUACUCCGAGGACAUGAGCCACUGCUCCCACUGCCAGGACCCCAGGGACUGAUGCCCCCCCGACAGGCGCCGCUGUCCCCCGUCGUCCUGUUAAAGGAGUGCAAACGCUUUUGGGUUUUUAUUAUUUUGUGUUUGCGAUUCAGUCACGAGGCGGCGGAAUCAUCCACGUGUCGCCACGCUGACGCGGCGCUGGGCCUUCAGUGGCCUAAAUCACCACUAUUGACAUAAAAUAUAAGAAUAGACAAUUCAAGUGAUGCAGCAGAGAUGAUAUUUGUGACACGAUGCAGCCUCUCCCGGUGGAUUGAAGCAAAUGCCGGUUGAAAACACUGCCUGACGUUUUGUAUUUCUUAUAAAUUGAGGAAAACUGCCAAAUGAAGGACCACGUGAGUACUUUAUAUAUAUUGAAGCUGCUACUUAUUUUCUACAGUAAUUUCCCUGAUUCCACACUAAAGUAGAGCAUGAGCCCGCGUUAAAGUGUCAGCGCGGAGCACCUGGCGUCCUACCGGGGACACGUGGAUGAAUUUAAUGUCUCAACCUCACCAGGAGGACCGUCUACACCUCACUGCCGUCUUUGAUCUGAUCAGACAUGAAUCUGCAAUCAUUCACCGUGAGCUCCGGGCCUUCAGGCCAACAGGACACAGACCAAACCGCUCUGCGUCUCCCUUUAAACAUCUAGCGUCCCCCAUCAAUCCGCGCUGAAUACAAGUGUUGUACGUCAUAUAUCCAAUAAUGAAUCAUGGAAUCGCUGACUUGAGUCUCUGGUGUACCGUCCUUCAUUCGGUUUGAUCACCUCACGCCAAAGAUGAGGAGACUACGUUUCAAAAGGUUGCAAAAAACAAUAUUUAAAACACCUUUUUUCCGUUUUAGGUGGUUUUCUUUUAUAGCUUUGAAGCAGUUAUUCCUGCUUUCUCUUUUCGGUCGGUCCUAUUCUGUUGAGCGUUGCUUAUUGAUCGGUCUGUAUUGAUGAGCGUCAGACUGGAAAAGCAGUCGGCUGCUUCUGCUGCGGCCCGACGUUCUGUUCUGAGAGCAGAAACGAUCACUUUCAGCUUCAGGCAGUCGAUCAUCUCACGGCUCUCAUUCCUGCUUCAGUGUUCCCGUCUCCCCACCAGCUGUCUGACUGCUCCACCAGUCUCAUCCGUCUCACCGUGCAUCCACCCGAUCCUCCAUCCAUCCACCCGAUCCUCCAUCCAUCCAUCGUCCAUCCACCUGAUCCUCCAUCCAUCCAUCGUCCA